CAAGCUUCUCAUAAUUCUUUCUUUAUUGUUGGUCGACUAACUCUUGGUUAUAGCUGCAUCGUGCGACCGGACAACACCCGACAGUCCGCGCAGGGUCACAACUCCUUCGGCAACCCAGCAUCACCAUGGCUUCCAACAACAGGGAUCCCUUUCUUGGGUCUGCCGGAGUCGGUGUCUCUCCCUUCGAGCGGCAUGCCAGGCGUAUCGGCAAUAUGAUCGUAGAUUUGAUGGACUAUAGCGGCCGAAUCGGAGAAGACAGAGCCCAUGCGCGUUCCGGUCCCAUCAUCGCUGAACUCGAAGCCCGUCUCAAUGCCUCGGAGGCUGGUGCUGCUCGCGCUAGGGCUGACGUUGCUCAGGCUAAGUCCGAUGCUGAUGUUCGUAUCGCUCAAUACACCUCUGACCUCGAAACUCGCAAUGCGCAAAUGGUUGAGACGGUUGCAGAGACCGUUGAAAGUCUGAAGAUAGAUGCGGCCGCUCGAGUCGCCGCGGCUGAAUCCCAUGCUCAAGACUCCAUUGAUGAUGCCAGAGACCGAGCUGAGUCUCAGAUCCGCGAAUUGUCUCAGGACAGAGAUCGUCACGCUGACAUGGUUGGCCUCGGCCGCAAGCAUGCCGCGUGGGCACAGCACAAACUGCGACUUCUCCUGGAAGAAAUGCAAGGCAAUAUGGGCUAUCACCACCAACACCCUCUAGUGACUUUUUUAUACGAGAUUUGCGAGGAUUUCGGAUGGUUCAGAAAUGAAUGCGACAAUUUUCUCGGCACCUGCUUCCUGUACGAUGAUGAGGUACCUGACUUGGGCCUUGUGCCCGACGAAGAAGGCGGUACUUUGUUCAACAGGCCCUCUUCUGAAGGCCAGGCUGGACACAGCGACAAGCGUCAGCGAACAGAGUAG